UCCUCUAUAAAAAUGGAAAAAAUUACAUGAACUCCAAAAAAAUUGAAUAAAAUUUUACUCGUAAACUGUGAUCUGAGAUUUGAUAGGUUUCACUAAACCCUAUAGAAUCAUUUUCUUACCUCAUCUCUCAAUUUCAGUGUCAUAUAUAUUGUUAGUGUAUCAUUUGUUAUUGUUUGUAUAUUCAAGAACCAUUUUUUUUUUUUUUUUUUUACUAUUUUUGAUUGGUAGCAUUGAGUUCAUAUUAUAUAUUACUUAUAUAAGUGGUUUCUUGAUCUUUACUUGUUGUAAAAUGCUAAACUUUUAUUGCAUUUUUGGUAUUUAAGACUGUUUUGGUGAAGUGGGGUUGUUAUUAUUAGAUUGAUUGUGACUUUAAAUAUUGUUUGGAUAAUUGGGGUUUGUUUUUCUUGAUGAAUUUGAUGCUUUUUUUUGUUUGUUGGAUUGGCAUUAUUAGAUUUGUGUAGUGAAAGAAGUUUUGUGGUGUUUUUGAGCUGAUUUUGUUGGAGUGUUUGAAAUUUGGAGGUGAAAAGAUUCAAACUUUAGGAAGACAAAGUGACAAGAUUCAAACUUUAGGAGGUGAAUUUGGUGCUUUUUUUUGUUUAUUAGAUUGGCAUUAUCAGAUUUUUGUAGUGAAAGAAGUUUUGUGGUGUUUUUGAGCUGAUUUUGUUGAAGUGUUUGGAAUUUGGAAGUGAAAUUUAGUGAAAAGAUUCAAACUUUAGGAAAAAAAAAAAAUUGGAUUUGGAUGAGUGGAGCUGAUUUGUUACAUUCUUUUAUUAGAUUUGAGCAGAUUUUGUUGGAGUUUUUCAAAUUUGGAGGUGAAUUUGGUGCAUUUUUUAUUAGAUUGGCAUUGUGAGAUUCGUAUAGCGAAAAGUUUCUGGUGUUUUUGAGCUGAUUUUGUUGAAGUGCUCCAAAUUUGGAGGUGAAUUUGGUGCAUUUUUCAUUUGAUUGGCAUUAAUAGAUUGGUAUAAGGAGAAGUUUCUGCCAUUUUGAGCUGAUUUUAUUGAAGUGUUCCGAAUUUGGAGGUGAAAUUUAGUAAAAAGAUUCGAACUUCAUGGUUUUGAGCUGAUUUUCUUGACGGGUUUCAAAUUUGGAGGUGGAAUUUAACUUCACGUUUUUGAGCUGAUUUUCUUGAAGAGUUUCCAAGUUUGGAGGUGAAAUUUAGUGAAAGAUUCGAACUUUAGGCAUAUUUGAGCUGAUUUUCUUGAAGAGUUUCCAAGUUUGGAGGUGAAAUUUAGUGAAAGAUUCGAACUUUAGGCGUAUUUGAGCUGAUUUUCUUGAAGUGUUUCCAAAUUUGGAGGUGAAAUUUAGUGAAAAGAUUCAAACUUUAGGCGUUUUGAGCUGACUUUCUUGAAGGUUUCCAAAAUUUGGAGGUGAAAAGAAUCGAACUUUAGGCGUUUUGAGCUAAUUUACUUGAAGGGUUUCAAAUUUGGAGGUGAAAUUUAGUGGAAAAAUUCAAACUUUAGGAAGAGUAAAGUGAAUUUUUUUGGAUGUGGAUGAGUGGAGUGGGGCAAUGAGAGGUGAAAUUUUAUUAUUAAGAGGACAACAAUGACUACAGGGUCAUUGGGUCUUCGUUCUUCAGGAAGUUAUGGUUCUUUACAACAACAACUAUUUCAGAAUAAUUCAUCACCAAUCCAAACAACACCUCCUAUUCCAAGAAAGCCACCAAAAUUGUUUAAGGAGAAAGAAGGAUUGUUUUUCUGGAUCUGCAAAUUCGCCCCUCGAAAGAAUGUCGGAAUGCUGCUGUUGUGUGUUGUUUCUGCUGCAGCUUUUCUGUGGGUCUUGUAUGUUGGCAAAGGUGAAGUUGCAGCAGAACAAAGUAAUGGGAUGUUUGCUCCAGAAACUGUACAUAAAUAUAUUUUUAGGGGUAUUGAGUCAAUAAAAAAAACUAAUGCUGGCCGAAGUGAAUCAACUAUCCAACUUCCUCCUCUUCCUCCUCCUCCUCCUCCUUCUCCUACUGUAUAUUUCAAAGGAUACACUCUCCCUCCCGGAAAUCCAUGUGAAGGCUUCACGUUACCGCCCCCGCCAGCAGAUAAGAAGAGGACUGGACCACGACCAUGUCCGGUGUGCUACCUUCCUGUUGAACAAGCUAUUGCAUUAAUGCCUGAAGUGCCGUCCUUUUCUCCUGUUGUUAGCAAUUUGUCUUACAUCCAUGAAGAGAAUCAGAGUAAAACCGAGUUUGGAGGUUCAGAUUUCGGCGGAUAUCCUUCGCUGAUUCAGAGGAAUGACUCAUAUGACAUAAGAGAGUCAAUGAGCGUGCAUUGCGGUUUUGUCAGAGGAAUGAGGCCUGGACAUCAGACAGGUUUUGACAUUGAUGAUUCUGACCUUCUUGAGAUGGAAUCUUGUCAAGGUGUCGUGGUGGCAUCGGCAAUAUUUGGGGCUUUUGAUUUGAUACGGCAACCAAAGAAUACCAGUGACUAUGCAAAGAAAAAUGUCUGCUUCUAUAUGUUUGUGGAUGAGGAAACAGAGGCAUUUUUGAGAAAUUCAAGUGAGCUGAACAGUAGCAUGAGAAUUGGUUUAUGGAGAAUUGUUGUUGUUCAUAACCUACCUUAUGAUGAUCCGAGGCGAAAUGGAAAGGUUCCAAAGCUUCUACUCCACAGGCUUUUUCCUAAUGCUCGUUAUUCUCUGUGGAUUGAUGGAAAGCUUGAGCUUGUUGUGGAUCCUUAUCAAAUACUUGAAAGGUUCUUGUGGAGAAAAAAUGCCAGCUUCGCAAUAUCAAGGCACUACAAGCGCUUUGAUGUGUUUGUAGAAGCAGAAGCUAAUAAGGUGGCUGCAAAGUUCGACAAUGCUUCCAUCGACUUCCAGGUUGAAUUCUAUAAAAAGGAAGGACUAACUCCAUAUUCCAGGGCUAAACUUCCUAUUACAAGUGAUGUCCCUGAGGGAUGCGUAAUUAUAAGGGAGCACAUUCCGAUCUCCAAUCUCUUUACUUGUCUUUGGUUUAAUGAAGUGGACCGUUUUACUCCAAGAGACCAAAUAAGCUUUGCCAUUGUGAGAGAUAAGGUCAUGUCAAAGACAAAUUGGACUGUGAAUAUGUUCUUAGACUGCGAAAGGCGUAACUUUGUGAUUCAGGGGUAUCACAGAGAUGUUCUUGAGCGCCCGACUCCACCUCGUGCAAGUAUAAUCGUUCACCCUCCACCUCCUGUAAUUCUUGAAGCUCAACAGACCUCACCAAAUGUUUCAUCAUCAACUGUCAUAACUACUCCAAUCAAAAAGAUCCCCACGAAGCGUGGAAGAGAGAGGAAAUCCAAGCGUCAUAGAAAAGUCAUUGCUGGAAAUAAAGAUCCUAAUUUCACUUAAAAAUUUUGAAUUGAGCAAAUUUUUAUUUUUUUCCCUUCCCUGUUGUCAAGUACAUCAACCGCGGGGUUAGGAACUGUGAAAGAUGAGUGUUAUAGCUGUUGUUUCCAAAAACGAGUCAAGCAUCAAGUUCUUCAUAAAAUUCUUUAGAGAGUGUCAAAUUUAUCUAAUUUUUUGUUGUAUAUAUUUGAGUCUUAGCAAGUAUUCUCAUAGCAAUUUUAUACUGCAAAUUGCCUUAUUUUAUUGCUAGCUUCAUGUAGUAUUUCUUCUCAUAGAACUGUUGGUUCUGAAGCAAAGAUGAAAUUCAAUUUCGUUCAUACUGUU